AUGGAACAAUCAAUACUAAAGGAAUGUGAACAUCUCAGGAAAGAAAAUGAAAAUACUAUAACCAAAAAUGAGGAUUUCCUGAAAACUAUCAAGUCUGAACUAAAUGACAUUGCUGAAUGUUUAAAUUCACAGUCAAAGAAAAUCACUGACCUGUUUGUUGUAGCAAAGCAAACAGAAACUCGCCUGAGUCAUUUAGAGCAUGACAUGAAACAAAAUGUAAAUACAGCAUUUACUGAGUAUAAGUUUGUACGUAACAGUGAACUGAACGCAAUAGUUUCUGGAAGCUGCCCUCUGGGAAAGCUGUCUUCAAAAAUAGUUUUUUACAAUCCUUCAAAGGAAUGCAGCAUUGCUGAAUUUAAACCAAUAUUCGAUAGUGAAACUAUUGUUCAUUCAAAUGCCCUUAUUUCAAACAUGCUUCUUUUAUCACCAGAUGCACUUUUAUGCGUAGAUAAUGCAAACAGUUCCGUUAAAGUGGUAGACAUAACACACAACUGUAUUUCAUCACAAAUUCUCUUGAAAUCUAGUCCGUGGGAUAUAACGUUCGUAGCCACCAACGAGAUUGCAGUAACAUUACCUGAUAUUAAGAAGGUUUGUUUCCUCUUUAUUACAGACAAGAGAUUGAUACGAAUCAGAGAAAUAAAUGUCAACGGAGAAUGUAGAGGGAUAGCUCACUACCAGAAUACAUUAGUGGUAUCUUUUGUCGAACCACCAAAACUUCAAAUAUUUACACUGGAGGGAGUGGUUGUCCGAAAUAUUAGAGCUGCUACUUUAGGUUGGCCUGGUUUUGUAGAAGUUAACGUGUGUGGGAGUAGUUUCUUUGUAUCAGAUUAUAGAUGGUCUUCGUUGAUGAAAUUUUCGUUUGAUGGGAAAUUACUUGCCACUUAUCAGGACGAACGUUUUCAUUUUCCGAGGUCAUUUACCGUUUGUGAGGAUGGUUCAGUUCUUGCUUGUAGCAGUGAAAAUAAUACCUUACAUCUAGUUUCGCAAGAUUGCAGAAAAAUUAAAAUCUUGUCGAUUGAGAAAGAUAGGCUUGAUAGUUUGCAGUCUGUCUGUUUUAAUGAAGCAACUUCCACGUUGUAUCUAAGUAAUUAUUAUGGAAACUCCAUCCUGGUAUACAAGCAGGCGUGA